AUGUAUUGGAUACAAUCGAUUGAAAAUGGUCCUCGCCGUGUAAAUCAUGCUGCAGGUGCGUUGGAUAAUUUGAUCUAUUCUUUUGGUGGCUAUUCAAACGCUGAAGAUUACACACAAGUAACUCCGAUUGAUGUUCAUAUAUUAAAUGCUUGUACAUUGAAAUGGUAUUCACUACCCAAGCCUGAUAAGACCGAUCCACAAUACAAAGAAACGCCAUUUUCACGAUACGGACACACCGUAGUGGUUUAUCAGCAAAAGUUUUAUCUCUGGGGUGGACGUAACGACCACCCUGGAACUUGUAAUCGUUUGUUUUGUUUUAAUCCAAAAUCGUGCAAAUGGUCUAUUGUACCUGUGACAGGUCGUGAUAUUCCCAGUUCACGUGAUGGUCAUUCAGCAUGCGUGAUCGAUGAUCGAAUGUACAUAUUUGGUGGAUUUGAAGAUUCCAGUCAACAAUUUUCUGAUGAUCUUUACUGUUUUGACUUCAAUCAAUCGAUUUGGCAUUUGUACAAUCGAAAACUUGACGAUCAAGUACCUCAAUGGCGAGAUUUUCACUCUGCAACCAAUCUAGAUGGUCGAAUGUAUAUAUUUGGUGGCCGUUCUGAUCAUAUUGAGCCUCACAUAACAGAUAAUCUAUACGAUAAUCAACUCUAUGUUUUUAAUCCCGAAUCACAGACUUGGCUCCAAGUUGCCACAGCUGGACAAGUACCUCCUGGAAGACGAUCCCAUUCUGCAUUCGCCUACGAUGGCAAACUGUACAUAUUCGCUGGAUAUAACGAUGUCGUUGGAUUACAUUUCAAUGAUUUGCAUGAAUUCAAUCCGUUAACUUCGAUUUGGCGCCGUAUAAAAACCGCCGGUAUUCCUAAUCCGAUUCCGCGUCGUCGUCAAUGUUGUCUUGUUGUUGGUCAUCGAAUGUAUAUGUUUGGUGGAACAAGUCCAGUGACAGCAUCUUUAUUUUUAAAUAAUCCCGAAGAUGUUCGGGAUAUACCCGGAAAUCGACUGAUACUGUACGAUCAAAGUGACCUUUACGUUCUAGAUUUCGCGCCGAGUUUGAAAACUCUAUGCUUUUUAUUCCUUGCUCAACAAAGAAUCGAUGUACAUCAUCUUCCGAAAAGAUUUUACCACGAAUAUCAACUUUUCACUCAAUCGUCGAUCAAUCGUGCUCGUCCAGCUGGUGAAACUAGCGGUUAA